UUUUAGGAAACGUGUGGUCACUGCUUGCAUUUUUGAAGCCUUAAUUGUGUUGGGCUGCGAUAAUUGAGUAAAGUGCUGUUAAAGUGUAAAACUGCGAUGGCCACUGUCAGUACCGAAGAGUUAACCAAACGUGGCGUGUUUCAUAGCUCUGCCUCUGGAAUGUAUAUUGUUGAUCCGGAUUAUGAGAAGAAAUACAGGAAGUCUUGCCACGCAUCAAAACGAUGCUGCUUGUUGUUGAUCUUCGUGAUGGUAAUUGUUGUGAUUGUCGGUGGUACUGUUGGGAUUAUCAAAGCUGUCCAAUCUUCAGAGAGUUUAAAUUCCGAAUCAAGUAAUCUGGAAGAAGGGUUGUGCUCUCAAACCACAUGUUCACUGGCGUCUUCUGUUGCAACAGGCACUUCUUCGUUUAAUAUGAAUAGUUCAAAAGGAGAAUAUGUUUCACCUUCUAAAACAUCAUACCCAGUCCCAACAACCAGCGUGGUAAUAGCAACUUUGUGGUCGACCUGGCAAGGAUGGUCGGUGUGUUCAGCUUCUUGUGGUGGUGGUAAACAAACACGGAAAAGGAUUUGUGGUAAUCCAGAAAAGUCAAACGUUAUCACAAAUUGCUAUGGCAACGAUACAUUGCUUAGAAAUUGUUCUAGUUGGAAAUGUCCUGAUUGUACAAAACCGUGCCCAGUAGGACACUUGAACAGCGCAUGUGAUGCGUGUAUCUGCACCAACGUUACUUUGAAAGGAGUUGUAAGAAAUGAAGAGAAAGUUCUUCUAGACAAUGCUACCAUUGCCCUUGCGGAGUUUCCAUUCAAUAUUCUUGCCAGAACUAAUAGCGCUGGUCACUUUGAGUUGCGAGGAAUUUGUGUUUUGAACGAAGAGAUCAUAGUGGAGCGGAGUGGAUAUUUACCACAAACAUUGCAAGCAAAGAAGAUUAAUCCAACCAUGUUUUCCCUUUCAGCAAGUCUAAAACAAAUAGUCCCGCCCGAAGUACGCAUCCAUCCUGAAAACAAAGUUCGUAUUGAAGGUCAAACUAUGGUGUUAUGCUGUGCUGGUAUUGCAGAACCCGAACCAAGCUAUGAGUGGAUUUUCAAUGGACAUUCAGUAAGCGAAUUCCAACAAGACACUAAGAAAAGCAGUAAAUUAACCAUAUCUCGCUUGCACCGAAAUAUGUCAGGAGAAGUAAAAUGCAGAGUGUACAACGAUUACGGUGCAGAAUUUUCAAAUGUUGCAAGGAUCACAGUUAUCACAAAAAAUGACAGUUGCAAUGGUAAACCGUUAUCAAAAUAUUUGGCGCUACCACCAGGAUGUGUUGAGGAGAACAUGAACUCCUCAUCGGUUGAUGUUGGUCGAUGUGGCGGUGAAAAAUGCAUUUCAAGCAGCUUGCUCUCCUUACAGAAAUGUUCUGAUAACUACUGUUGCCAGUCUGUGGCGGAAGAGACCGUUACAAUUCGCUGUAUUGUAGGAGUUCAAUUUAACGUAACAAGAAUAAGAAGUUGUGGUUGUGGCCAAUGUUCACCCAAAAAGACAACAAUAAGAGGAGUAGCAACUGGCCCAGACAAUGUUCCUUUUAAGUACGGCUACAUUUACCAUGCUGGAAAGUACCUAACAAGAUCUGGUAGAAAUGGAGAUUUUUCAUUUUCCAUGCCCGGCGAUCAAACACGCAUUGUCUUGACGUUUAAAGGCAGAGAUUCUUACAACGAUUUCCAAGAUUUAACUAAGGUAGUCUCAAUUGUGCCUGGAAGCGUGACAUUCGUCGAAGUGAAAAUGAGACGAAGGCCUUUGCCCAUCUUAGUUAACUCUUCGACAGUUAUUGAGAUACAAAUGGGGCGUUCAGGAAACGACAGUCAGGGUAAGACGGGCCCUGCUCCUGUGGUCUUAUCUUUACCUCCACAAAGCCUAGUUACUGAAGACGGUGAAAUUUACAAUGGAACUGCGAACGUUGAAGUAAGUUUCGCUGAUCCAAGAAACGAAACGCAAGUGCGCGAGGCUGAUGGGGAUUUUACGACGGUUAGUUAUGAUGGCGAAGAACAGUUGCUAGAGACAUUUGGAGUUUUUAAACUUGACUUUAAGGACACAAACGGCAAACAAUUGCAACCGAAAACAGAUAUUGAUGUUCUCUUAGAUCUUGAUGAAUACAAUAUUACCGAAGAAGAAGCAAGAGCUAUAAAACUGUGGUAUAUGGACGAGAAGACUGGGCGCUGGCGCAUGAUGGACUCUGGGUUGAAACAGCACGAGACACGUAGAUCUAAAAGGUCGGGGAGACAGUUUUACUUUGGGAAAAUUGAUCACACGGUUUACAAACUCUAUAAUUUUGAUGUAAUAAGUAUUAACGAUUGCAUAAUCAGUAUUAUGGUGAAUGACAACAGCAAUUCAGUUAAUGCGCGCUCGGUAAAGAUCACGCUAGUGUCGAAGGAGGGAAACAGAAACAACUAUAAUGUCCAUUAUACCAGCACCGGUCGAGCGACAUGCAUUAGAACAUUUUGCAAAAGUCUUACAAUCCAGGCCACAAUUAAAAACAAAGUUCUGAAGCCUGUUGCUAAAAACUUUGGAAAUGGCAUUAAGUAUUACAAUUCUAGCGAUGCAUUUGAUCGAUUUAGCAGAAGAAUAACAGUAGACAAUGUAUCAGUUUCAACGUCUCGUGGGCCUUUCUUCCAACAAAUGUUUGAGUGCUAUUCAGCUGUCAAUCACUUGACAUUUGAAGAUAAUCGGAUCAGUAAUAGCAUUGAAAUAAGUGAUUCGUCAGAGGAAGGAUGGCACGAUUCAUUUGACCCGGCUAAAUUCUGUCUUGUAAAAAUUGCUAUAAAGGGUUCGUGCAGUGAUAAUAAAACAGUGUAUUUUCAUGUUAAAAGUACCGAGUCUGGUGCAAAAAAUUGGGAAGGCUUUAAGAUAGUUUCCAUCCCACCGUCGAACCGUUCAGUUUGUGCUGAAUUUAAGUGUCCACCGUCGAAAAGAGGAGACGUGAACGUUACUAUCACUCCCUUCUCCGAAGGAAAAUUCCGUGUAACAAAAAGGUUUGAGGAAGACUUGAAGACAGGCGGAUUCAAAAUAUUUGUGGAUAAAGUUAUCGGUUUCACGCCAAAAAGCCGACAUCGUUUCGACGAUAUAGGAAUAAGUUUCUUGCAAGUUGAAAUACCACAACAAGUUGGUAACUGGCAUGAAGAAUUUACGAAUAAGUAUUGCGUCCAAAUGAAUGCUGGUAUAACAUUUGAUUGUGCGUAACUUGGUGUGUUUGUUAUAAUCAGCUGGUAUAAUUAUUAACAUUGCAUGUGAUAGAAUGAUAACGAUUGCGUGAUUAUUGAAACACAUAAUUAUAUACAA